CCGCACAAUAGCUAGCUAGUGGAGGGUUGGAAAGUAAACUCAACAGCGAGCUCCAGUCACCUUUGUCCCAGUUUCCUUCUUCUUCUUCUUCUUCUUCUUCUUUCUCACAUUCUGAUCCUCCAUCAAUCAGAUCCCAUUGACACGUCCUAUCAACCCUUCAGAAGCCUCAACUUACCGAUGGCCGCAACGACUCAUUCAUCCACCUUCCUCCUCCCCUCGAUUCCCGCCGACAACGGACACCCCCGGACCUACGCCCUCGUCUUGCUCAACCAACGCCUCCCCCGAUUCACUCCUUUGCUCUGGAAAGCAGCACAUCUUCGUGUUUGCGCCGACGGUGGAGCCAAUCGCGUCUACGACGAACUCCCCCAGCUUUUGCCUCACGAGGACGCCGUUGAUGUUCGAAACAGGUACAAACCAGAUGUAAUAAAGGGCGACAUGGAUUCUAUUAGGCCAGAAGUCUUACAUUUCUACACAAAUAUGGGUACCAAGGUAGUGGAUGAAUCUCAUGAUCAGGAUACCACAGAUCUCCACAAAUGUGUAGCAUUUAUUUGUGAUGAUACCCAAGACCAGGACAAGUCCAAUCUGUGCAUACUUGCUGCUGGAGCACUUGGAGGAAGAUUUGACCAUGAGAUUGGAAACAUCAAUGUUUUAUGCCGUUUCUCGUCCACAAGAAUUAUUCUCUUAUCAGAUGAUUGCCUCAUCCAACUUCUUCAAGGGUCUCUACGUCACGAGAUCUAUAUACAGUCCUCUGUUGAGGGCCCACAUUGUGGACUUAUCCCCAUUGGAAGGCCAUCUAGAAGCACCACAACCACCGGUCUCCAAUGGGACCUCACUGAUACAGAAAUGAGAUUUGGCGGUCUGAUAAGCACGUCGAACAUCGUUAAAGCAGAGAAGAUAACAGUGCAGUCUGAUUCAGAUCUACUUUGGACGAUAUCGAUAAAAAAACCGUAGGCAGCAAUGGUUACUCUCUCACAAAUUCUCCAGCCCUACACACCUGCAGCUUUGGGGGGGGGUGCCCAUAUAUUCUUAUGAUAUUUUUUAUCCAAUAAUUUUUUUUUUUCUAGUGUUGUCUAACAUUAAAGCAGAAUUUGAUUUAAGUAGUCUCAUUGCUUGCUUGCU